GCUGAGGGCCUGACCAUAGCCGAUUCCGGUUCCAGCUUACUGGACAUGACAGUACAAAACCUCGCGUUGACUGCCAGGCGGCGGCCUCAAAGACGCCUUCCACCGCGCCAGGACACCCGACCCUAGGGCAGCUCCCGAGGUUGACAGGCCCCUCGCUCUUCUACUCUUAAUCCGUCCGGUUUCGGCCCCUUCCUGAGGCUCCGAGGAAAGCCGGGAACCGAGGAGAAGAUUGAGCGGAUCCGGUGGGGGGCGCCCCGGGACCCCAGAGCCCGCCCAGAGGCGCUUGGCCCCACCCCAGAGCAGGCACCGCCCACUUCACGUCACGCGGCGGGGGCACGUCUCUUCGGCACUGGGGGCUAUGGCGCCGUCACCUGGAGACAGUCGGCAACUAGUUCUCCCGGAAGUGACCUCACCGCCUCCUGGCGCGGCGUCCGAUCCUACCGGAAGUGGUGGACGGAAGCCGGAGGGUCCUGUGGUGUGGCGGCGAGGUGACCUCGAGGCCGCCGCGACCAUGGGCCGCCAGUUUGGGCAUCUGACACGGGUGCGGCAUGUGAUCACCUACAGCUUGUCGCCCUUCGAGCAGCGCGCCUUUCCGCACUACUUCAGCAAGGGCAUCCCCAACGUUCUGCGCCGAACUCGGGCGUGCAUCCUUCGCGUCGCGCCGCGUGAGUGCCCUGGCCGGGCGGAGGGGCUAGACUCCCAUCCACAGAGGCGUUCGUAGUGUUCUAUCUUGUCUACACAUGGGGAACGCAGGAGUUUGAGAAAUCGAAGAGGAAGAAUCCAGCUGCCUAUGAAAAUGACAAAUAAGCAACUCAUCUGGAUAAUGGUUCCUUGUCUCUGAAAGACCCUUCUCUGGGAGAGGAGUGUAUAUUGUAGUGUCUUGAAGACACAAUAAACUUAUGGGCUUCA